UGUCUGUGCGAGUAAAGUUAGGUGCGUGCUAAGAGUGUUACGGAUCGAUACGACGGAAACGGUGAAAACGUAAACGGGUGGCCCUUCGGUGUAUGCUCUCCUUCAUAAUGAGCAGUUUGGGAAACGGAAAUAACCAGAACAACACCAACAGCAACACCGGAAGCAGCCAGAACUCGGCAGCGGAAGGAACGAUGGAACGCGGAAGCUGCAUCCUGGUGCGUUACGCAAGCCAGAAUUCACUCGACGAAAGCUCACAGAAGCAGAUACCGCGCGCGAAUGGAAAGGAGAAAACCACCGGCGCCUACCGUAACAACAUUCACACGCAGCGCUCGUUCGAGGCCAUGAACAUGAUGAGAGAACAAAAUCUGCUCUGCGAUGUGGUGCUGGUGGCCGAGGGUAUCGAAAUUCCAGCCCACAAGAUGGUGCUAGCCUCGUGCAGCCCGUACUUCUACGCCAUGUUCACCGGGUUCGAGGAGAGCCGUCAGGAUCGGAUCACGCUGCAAGGUGUGGAUCAUCGGGCGCUGCAACUGCUGAUCGAGUACGUCUAUACGGCGGUGGUCGAGGUGACGGAAGAGAACGUACAGAUUCUGCUGACCGCGGCCAAUUUGCUGCAACUGACCGACGUGCGCGACGCUUGCUGCGACUAUCUGCAGACACAGCUCGAUCCUAGCAACUGUCUCGGGAUUCGCGAUUUCGCCGACAUUCACGGUUGCAUCGAUCUGCUGAACUACGCCGAAACGUACAUCGAGCAACAUUUCUCGGAAGUGUGCCAGUUUGAAGAAUUUUUGAAUCUCACCAGCGAGCAAGUGGUAAACCUGAUCAAGAGCGAUCGUCUUUCAGUUCCUACGGAGGAAAAGGUUUAUGAAUGUGUAAUCACUUGGAUACAGUACGAUGUCCCAGGCCGGCAGCACAAUCUGGCUGACUUAAUGGAGCACGUCCGAUUGCCGCUCCUCGCCCAGGACUAUUUAGUACAGCGUGUCGAGAAGGAGCUACUGUUGAAGGGUGAUCUUCAGUGUAAGGACUACAUCAUCGAAGCGCUCAAGUACCACCUGCUAAAGGGCGAGCAGAAGACAUCCUUCAAGACGCCACGUACCAUUCCUCGUCAACCGGUGGGUCUACCGAAGGUGCUGCUGGUAAUUGGUGGGCAAGCACCGAAAGCGAUCCGCUCGGUCGAGUGUUACGAUCUGCGUGAGGAAAAGUGGUGUCAAGUGUCGGAAAUGCCAACACGCCGUUGUCGGGCCGGAUUGGCCGUCCUCGGUGACAAAGUGUACGCGGUCGGUGGCUUCAAUGGUUCGUUGCGUGUAAAAACGGUCGACGUGUACGACCCGUCCCUCGAUCAGUGGACUACCAGCCACUGUAUGGAGGCACGUCGUUCGACACUUGGUGUCGCGGUGCUCAACAAUUGCAUCUACGCCGUCGGUGGAUUCGAUGGUUCUACCGGUCUUAGUUCGGCCGAAAUGUUCGAUCCGAAACGGCAAGAGUGGCGUCUAAUAGCGGCAAUGUCCACACGGCGCAGUUCCGUCGGGGUGGGUGUCGUAAAUGGCUUACUGUACGCCGUAGGUGGUUACGAUGGCGCCUCUAGGCAGUGUCUGGCAUCGGUCGAACGGUACGAUCCGGCCACCGACACGUGGACACAGAUUGCAGAAAUGUCUGCCCGCCGCAGCGGGGCCGGAGUAGGGGUACUUGACAAUAUUUUGUAUGCUGUCGGCGGUCACGAUGGUCCAUUGGUGCGCAAAUCAGUCGAAGCGUACGAUCCCGUAUCGAACACUUGGCGCUCAGUCGGCGAUAUGGCUUUCUGUCGGCGGAAUGCCGGUGUCGUGGCACACAACGGUAUGCUGUACGUGGUUGGAGGCGACGAUGGCAUUUCGAAUCUGGCCUCGGUCGAGGUAUACAGCCGUGAAACGGACGCGUGGCGAAUUCUGCCCUCGUCAAUGAGCAUUGGCCGUAGCUAUGCUGGCGUAGCAAUAAUUGAUAAGCCCUUGUGA